AUGUUCAACAUACCGUCGCAACACUCGGGAUUCAGAUCUGAAGACUCGGACGCAGAUGAUGCCGAGAUCGAAGAACCAACUCAGGCACGUUGGUCUCCUCCAGGUUCCCACCAGCCUGAGUCACCCGAAGGCAGUGGAUGGUACCGGCACCAGCCUUACCAGCGCAAAGGUAACUCCAAUACGGAUCGCAUGCGGCUCAUGCCCACAGUCGGCCUCGGCAUUUCCCCAUCCCAGUCGCGUGAGCCCAGUCCACAGUAUGAGGAUGCGCUCGAAGGCCCCGCGAAUACUAGACCAAGCGAUCGCGCCACUCCCGGAGACACCUCUGAUGCAGCUAAUGUGCCUCUCCCGGCGGGUGCAGAUACUCCUCUUCAUGGCCGUUCCCCGAGUCCCCCUCCUCGUCCCAGCGCAGGGGACGCCUCUCGCGUUAGUCCGGAGGAUGACAGGGACGGUUUUGGCCCGGAGAUUUUUAGUAACUUUGCGUGGUGUACUAAGCAUGGUUUUGUUUUUGCGAACACAGACAUUCGUUUCGCGGUGCGCGCAGAAGUUCAGCAACGAGAACCAAUCGCAGCGGUAUUCGGUUUCCUCCGCUCCAAGUUCGAGCGUAUGACAAGCUCCAAGUCUCACACGACCUUGUCUAUCAUCGUCUUACUCCUCGCUAUCUCUUUCAUGCGAGCGUUGGUCCUUCCAGGCCUCCCGCAAUCAAUCCCAGACCUCGUCAAGCUCUCCGGCUUCGCCCGCUCAUUCGAACCUCUGAUCUACUACUCAGAGAACGGAGUGCAGCAAAUCGGCACGCUGCAGGAAACCGGCGUCGCCGUCUGGGACCUGAGCGAGUCCGUCCGCGGCACAAACAUGACCAGCGCGCCGAUAAUAGUAGGCCAACUGGACGAGCUCUCCGACUCGCUCAAAUCCCUCUCUCUCGAACUAACCCGCUUCUUCGCAAACGUCGACUCAGACAUCGACUCCAUUCUCAUCGUAAUGGACUGGGCCAAGCGCGAGCUGGAAACGCUCUCCAACCAGCCCCCGAGCAGCCUCCCCACCAUCGUCUUCGACAACUUACACGACAUGCUCUCCCGCAUCGGGGCCCUCGAAAGCUCAGCUUCGAACUCCGACGGCGCCCCCACAACAAUAACAACUCCCCUGGGCCACCUCGUCAUGGCCAUCUUCGGACCGACCUCCGCCCAACGCACACGCACAACCCUAACGCGCACGUUCACUGAAUUCCUCUCCGUCCUCGAAGAAUCCAUAAACAGCGAAUUAACGCACUCAACGGCACUCUUCGCCCUCUUCGAAUCCAUCGACCGCCAAUUCCUCAAUCUGCAACGCACCGUCGUCCGCGAAUCAGACGCCCAAGAACGCGCCGAAGGCGAAAUGCUCUCUUCGCUGUGGACCAGAGUUCUGGGACCGGACGCCGCAGCCGUCCGCAAAUACGAGAAGAACAGGAAACUCCUCGCGAACGUGCGCUCCCGCACAGUCGCUAACAAACACCUCCUCGUCGACCACCGCGGCCGCCUACUGACGCUGAAGGUUAAUCUGGAGACGUUGCGGCGCAAGCUCGUCAGCCCGCUGGUUCGGCGGAAUGAUUCCGUCAGUUUCGUCGGCUCGCUUGAUGGUGGGAAUGGGAAUGGCAAUUCUGGGUCUUCUGGAAGAAUGCUUGGACCCGUUGAGGCGGUGAUUGAUGGGCAGAUUCGCGGGCUUGAGGGGACAUACGAUUAUCUGCGUUCUGUGAGGGAGAAGCAGAAAGCGAAGCUUUUGGAAAUGGUUUAUGGCGCUGGGAGGAAGGUUAAUCGGCCUAUGAUUGAUGGGUUGGAGGGGAGGAUUAAGAAGCUUCGCUUCGGGGUAUUGAACCUUUCCUUAUUGUCGGGCAUAGCGUCUUGUCCUUUCGGUGGGAUUGGGGCGUUUGGUCUUCUCCUUCUUUCGUCUUGGGAUCUGGAGUUUGGGCAUGUGUCACGGGCAUCGGUGGCGGACUCUUGGUGA